AUGGCUCUCGACGGUCAUCAAUCAUGCUGGAGAAACUCCGUGAAGGACCAUGCGGGUGAAUGGGAGAAUAGCACCGACUCUGGCACUGGCCUCCGAUACGAUGGCUGUCUUGGAGGCAAAGUCUUGGGCUUUUUUCGCUCUCAUACACUCGUGGAUCACAGGGCUCCGGCGCUCGAGGCGGUCAAUUAUUUUUACUUUAGGUAUUCCCUACCGGACGCACAUCCCCUGCGACGUUCCAAGUUGGGGCUCGGCUUGGGCUUUCUUCACCUUGGGCUCGGCAAAUACAGAUGUGACGAUGCAUAUGGUGGAGGGCAGGGAGAAGUGGAGUUGUUGACCUUGGCGGGAUACGAAUGCCUUCGCACAUGCGUAUCUGACCCAUGUUCUGGACUUGCUGCUCCAUUCUUCUUCCUGCUGCUCGGUGCAAUAUGGGUGAAGGUCUUAUGUCAUAUGAGAAGAAGAGAUCGCAGUGGUGCAUCAAACAACUCCCGCUUUUCCGGUCAGAAUGAAUGA